AGGUUUUAGAGCAACAUCUGCUCAAACCAGACCACGUCUCUUUCGGGGAAGGCCUUGCAGAUUUCAGCAAGACAAUGCUGAACCACAUCCUGCGUCCAUCACACCAGUACGGUAAGUACAGUGAGGUCCAGCAGGAACCAUCUACAGUGCAUCUUUAAGCAGUGGUUCUAACUUUGAAAGGGUAGACCGGAAAUGGUUUACGUCAUUACGUAGAAUUGACCGCCGGCGAGCCUUUGAAAGUCUUCAGUUUGACUUCAGCCCAGGAGAGACCAUGUCCGCCGUCAUAGGCAAACUGUACUCACCUUUAAUCUCAUUUAGAACUCAGUCUCUAUGAAACAGCAGUGACGCGGGGCCUGAAGGAUGGCCAGCUCGGGUGCUGUUCAGGUGAAACUAGAGCUCGGACAUCGCGCCCAGGUUAGGAAGAAACCCACCGUGGAAGGCUUCACUCACGACUGGAUGGUCUUUGUCCGAGGACCAGAGCACAGCAACAUCCAGCACUUUGUGGAGAAAGUGGUUUUUCACCUCCACGAAAGCUUCCCCAAACCAAAAAGAGUCUGCAAGGAUCCGCCAUACAAAGUGGAGGAGUCUGGAUAUGCAGGCUUCAUCUUGCCUAUUGAAGUUUACUUCAAAAACAAGGAAGAACCGAAGAAAGUUCGCUUUGAUUACGACCUGUUCCUCCACCUGGAAGGUCACCCUCCUGUCAAUCAUCUCCGCUGUGAGAAGCUCACCUUCAACAACCCAACGGAGGAGUUUAGGAGGAAGCUGCUGAAAGCCGGAGGGACCCGGGAUCCUCACAAACGAGGUUCAGCAGACUCAAAACAGGUGAUGGUGAUGCAGGAGGGAUCCACCUCCCUGUUCAGCCAGCAUCUCAAGCUGCCGUCACUUCCCAACAGCUCGCUGACGUCCUCCUUCUCCGACCCAAAGAACAACAAAAGCUUCCACGGAUCAAAGGAUGGCUCCAAAGGAGGUGGAACUGCCCUCCUCACCACCACCACAACCACCAGCACCAACAGCAGCAGCUUCUCCAAACUCCACAAACCCUUAAAGGACCACAAAGACAAGGCUCCAAAAGACUUGAAAGAGCCCAAAAGUGCCUUCAGAGACUCCGCCUGGGAACCCAGCAAAGCCCCCAAAGAAUCUGCAAGGAAACCCAAAGAGAACCAGCCGCUUCGAGAUAACAAUCUAAAGAUUGGAUUCAAGGAACCCAAGUCUUUCUCUAAGGAGCAUCGGAACGAGGGAUCGACCCACGGGUCGGGGCUGAACAAGCGCCUGUCCGCCCCAGACGGUGAUGACAUUUUAACCAAAAAACGCAAAAAGGGAUUUCUGGAUUCUUCAGGAAAGCAGUUGUCGGGCUCAGACGCUCCACAUCUGGAUAAGAAACUGAUGAAGGACAGGUUACAGAUGGGGACGAGUAAGUUACGAGCGGAUGGUGAAGAGGCAGAGCGCAGGAAGGCGCCGAUGCACCCGCCGUUCCAGGAGCUGGUGGACCACAAUGACUCCGAUAUGGAAGACAAGUCUACCAAAUCAGAUUCUGAGCAGCCCAGUCCGGCCAGUUCCAGCUCCAGUUCAGGCUUUGCUCCCACCCACCACAAACGACAAGUGCUCGGCCCGCUGCAGUCCGUGAUGCAGGAUCUGCACUCUGACGAGGACGACUCCGAGGACAACGGAGACAACGACGGGGAUUCAGAUGCAGAGCGACCCGCACACACACAUCACAUACACCACCAGCGCAGGGUCAGUUUAAGCGACGGCAGCGAGAGUGACAGCUCAUCCCCCUCACCGCCGUCCCGUAAGGAGGCUCCAGCUUUAUUAAAGACUCCUAAUAACCAGAUCCUGGAGGUGAAGAGUCCCGUCAAACACGGCAAGCAGGACAAGAACAAAACUGUGGAUUGUGACAAGGCUUAUCUGGAUGAGCUGGUGGAGCUGCACAAACGACUGAUGACACUAAGAGAAGGUCACAUAUUGCAACAGAUUGUUAACCUCAUUGAAGAGACGGGACAUUUCCACAUCACAAACACUACUUUUGACUUUGACCUUUGCUCCCUGGACAGAAGUACAGUCCGGAAGCUCCAGAGUUACCUGGACACCUCUGGUCUGUCCUGAGGCUCCGAGCAGCUGGCUGCUUUACCUCCAUCUCCACUCGGACUUUCCCUCAGACAGAAGUGAUGGCCGCGCCUCGCUGCAGCCGGUUCCAGCCAGUCUGAGCCAAGACGUUGUCUUGCUGCAGAAAGCAGAGCCCGCUGGUGUUGGGAUGGACCCUGUUGAUCAGGACAUCACCCAAAAAGCCUUGAAACUUCACCUGAUGGGGAAUAAAUGAAUAAAAGCAAGGAUUGGCGGCUGUGUUGCUCUUACUGAAUGUCCACAUCGGUCCCGUACUUGUUCCUUGUUUUGUUGAUUGUACCAGAUGCAUGGUCAGCUUGGUCCAGUCUUAUUUAUUUAUUGAAUUUAAUUUGCAGGUGUGUGUGUGUGUGUGUGUGAAUUGGAAAACAGAAAAUCAGUAGACUCACCCCUCACCGUGUGCGUGUGCGCCGCGGUUUUGUUCCGACCUCCAUGGCGGGUCGAUCCACACCGGGAGUGCAGUCCGCCACGCUGGAUCCACGGAGAAUCUUGUGAUUCUCCACUUCCAGGACAUACGUCUCGUCGUCCAUGAUGAAAAAACCCAGAGAGCCCUGACUGGUCAAAUAAAUGAUGUUUACACGGUUCAGCAGCGAAAUCUGCACGAGGGCUUUUAUUUUGAAAAAUACCAGAAGCUUUUACUUUGCUCCCAUGCCUGACUUCCUGUCUGCCCGAUCUGAACUGCUGCGUUUGACGCGUUCUGGACCCGUGCUCCAACAAAAAUUAACUCAGCGCGUGUGUUUAGCGGAACGCCCAGUGGGAAUCGAACAGCUGUGGAGGCCGCGGCGCAGCCAUGACGCGGCGCACACGCACCCGGGUGAGGAUGAAAACCUGCUACAGCUUAAAUCACUGGAGGCAACAAACUGUCAGCUAGGACGUUUCUGUUCCAGGAGGUUUGAUUUCCAACGUUGAGUCAAUCAUUAGUUUGAUACAAAUCCGCUCGGUGGCGAAAGAAUUCAUGUUUGCAGAUAUAAACU